CGGGACACAACUGCCUCGGGCAGUGGGUGCCGGCUUGCUGACAAGGCACGCCUCAAAAUCACUGCCUCCACAGUGGGCCCUGGCCCCACUCGGCCUCUGCUCUGCACCCCGUUAACCAGUCCCUUUGAACCCUCUCCAGAGCCAUCCCCAGCUGCAGCCUUCAGUUUGGUAGCUUCUUCUGCUGGUUCCUGGAAGAUGACUUCCCUCUUAAGUGGCUAGCAGCAGUCAGCUCAAGAGACUGGGCUGAAGUCCACUGCAGUCACACCUUUUGCUCUCAGUUGCUCCCACACAGCCCUGCUGGAACCAAUGUGGGAGUCACAGCCUGCUUUGUCUGUAUUAAAUGCCAGGCAGGGACAUCACGGCUUUAAUGCCCUGGAAAUAAACAAACUCAGCAGGAUUAGGGCCCCUGUUCUUACCACAAGGGCUCAAGUUCCAAUGCUUCAUGCAGGCAGAGGCUGAGACAUAACAGCAAUCUCAGACAGUUGUGGAUCACGCUAAACAUACACAUACCAUUUUUUGAGAGGGCAGGGACAAAUUCUUACACUGUGGGGAGAAAUGAUACACAAAACUCAUUGUGGCUGAAAGAACAAACAAAAAAGUAAACUUACAUCCUACAUACAGCAUAGAAAACCAACACUCAGAAUUCUGUGACUAAGAGCAGCAACCAAGGACUUACAAAAUGACCAUGCAAAAAGGUGCAUUGGGCUGUAUUCUAACAUCAGGGCAGUAGCAAACCAGCCUUAGGUUCUGGAAUACCAAAGUUUUAUCAUAACCAAAGACACCCAGCUCCUGGGAUGGAUCCACAAGGCUCUAGUAUAAAACAUGAGGCUCUAUGAGCGACUAACCAGAUCUUUCCAGGCUCCCGUCACUGUCCACAAUUAUCCAAGCAGCCACGUUUAUUUGUUUAGAAAUGGCCGAUCAGAUCCGGAUGAGUCAUCAGAGGAGGAAUCUGACUUCAUGGAAUUACGUCCAAGGGGCAAGGAGCAGCAGAGAAGCAAUUCUUCCCCAGAGAGAGCUGGGGAUGUGGUGCUACUGGAACGAGAGCUCACCGAGGGCGAUAACAUUAACAAGCUAGCCCUGCAGUAUGGUUGUAAAGUUGCAGAUAUCAAACGUGUCAACAACUUCAUCUGUGAGCAGGACUUGUAUGCUCUGAAGUCUAUCAAGAUUCCAGUCAAGGCUCAUGGGGUGUUAACAGAGACCAGCAAAGAAUUAAAACCUCCUCAGAAUGCACCUUCCCAGGCUGGAAUGACGCUGAUUGAACUACCAGAACCUGAUGAUGGAGCCACCGGUAGCAACUAUUCUGAAAGCAGAUACCUGACUGACUACUUUAAGGGGAUUGACCAGACCAUUGAGGAUGUAGUGCAAUCAAAAGUCCAUUUAAAUGCAGAUUAUUGCAUAGAAGCACCAAACUGCCCACCAUCCAGUUCAGUGGGGCAAAAGGAGCCCAAUAAUGGUGCAGACUGUGGCAUCCAGUGGUGGAAUGCAGUUUUUAUUAUGCUCCUGAUAGGAAUAGUCUUGCCGGUAUUUUAUAUUGUCUAUUUUAAAACACAACAGACUGGGGCGGCAGCCCAUACCUCAAACAAUACCUUUGCCUCAAAUAGCUCAGCUCAUGAAUUGGGGGGAACAAUGUCACAGCACCUACCAGUUGUGGAAACCCACACAUGGAAGAUACAGCCCAGUACUGCCUCACCUCCCAACACUGAUGCCCAUAAACCAGUAACUCUGACUGUACUGGAUUCAGGGGGCUAAUUUUUUUUUUUUUUUUUAAAGUGAGCUAAUGAUCUUGACUGAACCAUAGGGUAACAUGUUUUCUCUGAAUGAAUAAAGAUGUUUUGUAGCUUACAAGUGCAACAGACAUUUGGCACUGCGUUUAGGUGCCUCUCAAGAGUGGCCUUGACUAAAAAUCUGAACUAGGCAGACACAUCAAUGUGUGUGCUCUUAAAUAUUGUGUGGGUUAUUGAUUGGAAUGAUGCAGUCUUAUAGCUGAGGAGAAGACACAUUUUGUAUAGACUGAGCAAUUCCCCCCCCCCCCCCCCAACAACUUAAAACAACGUUUUUCAUUCUCUGGCAGAACUGAGUGAGCCUUGCAUACUUAACCCUACAUCUGACUUUAUAGCUUGAUAGACUAGCUAUAGUACAUGGCACUGUUAAAACUAACCAGGACACUUGAUACCUCCAUUUCACUUUACUUUUAUCAAUGACGGUAUUGAGCUAGAAUGACCGAGGGUCUUAGCCUGCUGUGAGCACCAUAGAGGCAAGGGUCAGCCUUUGCAUGGAGGCCCUGUGACUUCAUUAGGGCUCCAUGGAGGUACCUAGUCAGGCCAGGGCUCUCUGCAGGAACUGGGCCUUAGGUCGGUUAUUCCUCAGUAACAGUCUUUGCUCAAUAGUGAUAGCAAAAGUUCUGUUCAGACCCACAGUCCAACCUGCCAGCAACCUUCAGUGGCCGACUCGGCCUAAAGGCAUCUUGAGCAUAGUGUUGCUGGGCUGGCAGCUGUGGUACCCGCCAUGGACUAGCCGGCAGUCACUUUGUCUAUACAGCGAGCUGUUUCAAGCACUACGUUUCAGGUUAAACAGGUUUCAGAGUUCAGAGUAGCAGCCGUGUUAGUCUGUAUCCGCAAAAAGAAAAGGAGGACUUGUGGCACUUUAGAGACUAACCAGUUUAUUUGAGCAUAAGCUUUCGUGAGCUACAGCUCACUUCAUCGGAUGCAUACUGUGGAAAGUGUAGAAGAUCUUUUUAUACACACAAAGCAUGAAACAAUACCUUCUCCCAUCCCACACUCCUGCUGGUAAUAGCUUAUCUAAAGUGAUCACUCUCCUUACAAUGUGUAUGAUAAUCAAGUUGGGCCAUUUCCAGCACAAAUCCAGGUUUUCUCCCCCCCCCACAAACCCACUCUCCUGCUGGUAAUAGCUUAUCUAAAGUGACCACUCUCCUUACAAUUUGUAUGAUAAUCAAGGUGAGCCAUUUCCAGCACAAAUCCAGGGUUUAACAAGAACGGCAGGGGUGGGUAGGAAAAAAAAGGGGAAAUAGGCUUGAAUAGAGACUGGGAGUGGCUAAGUCAUUAUGCAAGGUAACCUAAGUUAAUUGUAUCCAAUUUGCAAAUGAAUUCCAAUUCAACAGUCUCUCGCUGGAGUCUGGAUUUGAAGUUUUUUUGUUGUAAUAUCGCAACUUUCAUGUCUGUAAUUGCGUGACCAAAGAGAUUGAAGUGUUCUCCGACUGGUUUAUGAAUGUUAUAAUUCUUGA